AUGGCAAUGUGGAGGCGACGACAGCGUGGAUUGGGCGUGAGGGUACAUUUGUCUUCAUCUUGUCUCCAACGCUGGACGCGCGCGUUUUCUGCAUGGCUCACCUCAAUCUGGCAAACUGGGCUGCCCCACUUGCACUUAUGCUUUGAGCCGUGCGCACCCCGCCAACGUCAGACACAACUUUACGGACUUGGCCAUGCUACACCCAUGCACAAGCCUCUUGGGCAGAAUGAUCGUGGAGAAUUAAGACUUGUAGUGAGAGACAGAGAAUUAUUCCCUUUCGCGUUUAAGAAAAUCAUUAUCGCUAUGCAAAAACAACAUGCCUCAAUGCCUCCUCCCCAUUAA